AUGGAUUACCAAGGAAAGCACAUAAAAAAGUAUGAUGAUCCCGACAAAACAAGCCAAGCCUCGCUCAGACAAGGAUCCAUAACAUCUGAUUUAGACGACCUCACGGUUAUAGCUGAGUUUGCUUCCUCGGACGAUGAGGAACUGGCAACUAUAUACAAAAUCUCAAACCCUUACGAAGUAGUUGGAUGUUCAAUCAAAAGCAAUGCUACAUUUACAAAUGAUCUAAACAGUAAUUGGCUCAGCAGCGAAUCUGGAGAUGACUUGGAUGUUUUAGUUGAGAACAACACCUCAACUGGCAACUCCAAAAAAAAGUUGCACGGCAGAGAGAAACGCACGAGAUUAAAAUCUGCUGGCAGUCAAACUGCUACCGCUAAAAACUCAAGAGCUACGUCUCCUGUAGAUGACUUUCUUACAAACGAAAAAGAAAAUAUGACGGGGAAGGUCAAUCCGUUCUUGAAUAAAACUGACACAAAAAAUGUGGGCACGAUGACAGUUGGCCGUGAUGAUAGAUCGAAUCGAAAAAUUCCUCUUGUCCACACAUUUGUCAACACUGACAGUUUGCAGCUGAAAAACGCUUCAACAUGUACAGAAAGGGACGAAUCGCAACUCGAAAUUAUUAAACAAUUGAAGGAAACAUUAUCAGGCGAAAGAGGAAAUUUAAAAAACAAAACGGAGCAGUACGAGAGUUUAUUAGACGAAUACGAUAUGAUGAGGGAGGAAGACCAAGGCUGUCAAGCGUCAGUCGCUCAGCAGUCCAAAUCAACGCAAGAUGACUUAACGAUGGAAGCUGAGUUGAAAGAUAAAUUGAGCACGACAGAUAAUGAAAUAGCUUCGAUUAGAAAUGAAUUAGAUGCUAAAUCAGAGAGCAUCGACAUUUUGCUGGAAGAUCUGGAAAUUAAAGAGAAGGAAAUUGAAGAACUUAAAAACCAAACAAAUUCUUUAAAAAGCGAUUUAGAACGAUUCAAAAAUGAGAACGACGAACUAAAACAUUUAAGUGGUUUGCAAAUAAAGAAAAACGAAACCGAAAGUAGCGUUCUUAAAAAGAACGAAAGAUUGCAAAACGAAUUAAAUAAAGUCUCAUCAGAUUUACUUCAAAUCCAACAAAAUUUAGGCAGAGCGAAUAAAGUUGUUGAAGAAAAAAGUUUUGAAAUAGAAAAAUUGAAAAAUGAAUUAGAAGAGUUUAGAAGAAAAGAAAUAGACCUAGAUAGAAUAAUUGAAUCUCUUAAGAAUCAAUUGCACAUGCUAAACGAUAAAAUAUCUCAGAGAGUUUAUGAAGAUAUGCAGCAAAACAACAAGACUGCAACUGAAAAGGAGCAUGAAGAAAAUUUACUAAAAGAAAUAACUCGUCUUAUGCAGCUAAACUCUGACCUUCAUAGAAUCAUUUCAACGUCAAACAUACACAAUGAAGAUUACCAAGAACUUUCCAGAAAGUACAAUGAAUUAAGAAACAUAUCGAGCCGUCUGCAAACAGCCAUAGCUCCGUUGAAAGCAAAAUUAAGUCUCGCAAAUAAAAAAUGUAGAGCCAAGAAUAACUUUUUAGAAGAAAUUUUAAAAUCUGAUCAUGGUAACAAGAUUCCAACUGAAUUCAGACAGCAAAUAGAGAACAGUUUGAAAGAUGAUGAGCAUUAUAGAGCUCUAUCUCCUCUCACCAUAGAUCGAAUCGAAAGACUGGAGCAUAACCUCAUCAACCACCUUCAUGAUCGACUUCCUUACCAUGAUUCGGCAAGAGUUCAAAGUUUCAGUAAUUUACUCGGUGAAACAACUACGUACAACCCUUUCAAGCCAAGCACCAGCAAAUCAAUGACUGAUUUACAUCUAAUUUCGUUGCUAGAUAAUAAUAGCAAGUUGCCGAAUUCCAGCCAAUAUGAUCGUCACACUGCCAGCAACGGUGAUCACGUGUACAGAAAUGAUCUUCUUUAUAAACGGACCCCUACGUUAAUCGAUACACCUUCAAAAACGAAAUUGGAAAAUGUUGUUGGUGAUGACAGUUAUUUCUUUAGCAAAGAUUUUAAAAAUAAACAUGAAAGUACUUCUUUGAGUAACAUGUCGGCAAGGCCCACAUCUUUUUUAAACAACAUUUCGAAAGAAAACCGACCUAAAAAAACAGACGUUUUUGAUACGCUGGCAGGACAGCCAAGAAAUUUUCAAAUUGAAAAAGUUGCCAACCAGAACAGAAAAUUUUAUUUUUGUUGGGAACCUCCAGUGAACGAUAUUAAAGAUUAUCCAGUCAUUGGAUAUGAGUUUUAUGUGAACGGCAUUAAAAAAGAUUAUAUACCCGGUCGACGAACAACUAAUUAUGCUAUUGAUUACGUCUCGUCAAAAUCUUUGCCGAUAAUAUUUGCCUUACGAUCAAUAACAUUGGACGGCGUAAGGUCUCGUUCCAGUGAAAUCAUUUUGCAUGGCCUACAACAUAUCAGAAACGAUGACAGCCUGGAAAAAAUUACCACUGGAAAACAUCAACUUGAAAAAAGUACAUUAGAUUUGACCCAAUUGAAAAAACAAACGUUUAUUGCAUUUUAUGAUUUCAACGCAACUGAUAACAAUGUCAUUCGGAAUGGAAUAUCUUACUCAGAAAUAAGCUUUGAAACGGGUGACAUGUUAGAGACGUUUGGCGAAGUGUUACCAAAUGGAUAUAUUUUUGGCAGAGUCAAAGGUACCGAUAACGUUGGUCUUAUUCCUGCCAAUUUUCUUGAAAAGACUUUCUAA